AUGACAACACAACAAUCACGCCGGAGAACUCCAUCUAGUCAAGCAAAUAUGGAUUCUCAACAAUCAAUCAGCGGGGCCUACAACCUUGCGGCCUUGUUCAUGAACGACGGCAUCAGUCAGUUCAUCUCGGAGAGUUAUGCCUCCCUCAAGGAGCCUUUGGGCUUCACCAACCACUGCCCGAUCCUCAUCUCUGACGAUCAUGGGGACACCAUGGGCGCCCCACCGGUCAAUGCGGUCACCAGCAACGUGAUCGACCUGACCGACGAUACCACCAGCGGCCCGGUCCCUGAUCUGGCCAGCAACAAGGCCAGCAACUCGGUCUUGCCGGUGACUGACGAGCUGCCAGCUGUCACCAACGAGGAGCCGGUCGUGAUCGACGACGAGCCGGCCGUGAUCGACGGUUCCCAGACCCCUCUACCGUCGAUCAGCCCCAAGAAGCGGCGCAAAGGUCAAGCGUUGAUGGUCCCGCCGUCAGAUCGACAGGGCCAAUAUACGGCUCCGCCACGGCUCUUCAGUCACGCGGCACAACUUCGCCAGGCCACUGGCAGAAAAGUCCGUGCUUGGGAGAGCAACGACGACAACUGGGCCCCCACGACGGAGGCAAUCAACAGCAAGAAGGGGCCCGGUUACACGAAGAGGGAUCCGGAACAGCUCUACAUUCAGAGAAUGGCGAAACUUGCGGCUGGUGAACGCCGGAAGGAGAAGGAGGCGAAGGAGAGGGAGGCUCUUGCUGCUGACGGUCCAAGCAACCACCAGGACUCGACCGUCGCCACCGGCACGAAGAGGAAGGCCUCGGAGGAGGACGAGGCGGCGCCAUCCCAGCCGCCAGCAAAGAAGCAGUGCGCCGCUUCUCCAAACCAGGGAGGAGCGCAGGGGCCCUUCUCCACCGCUACAGUUCCGCGAGCCCCCAGGCCCUCAAGGUGGCUUUCUUCUUCACGACUGGCCCUACCUGGAAUGAACUUCGUGAGUCCCCCGAAAGUCACGGCAGAGGCUCAAAGGGAGGCCGACCUUCAGCUGGAGGCGAACCUCCAAGCCUUGUUCGACGCAGCACCUGAGUCGACAUCCCCAUCUCCUGAUCACCCAGCGACAACAAGCGAUGAUCAGGCGGCAGAACUUCAAGCUGCCAACGAUGAGGACCCCGGGUCACUGGAGGCGAAUCUCCAAGCUGCGUUCGACGCAGACUCUGAGUCGACACAGUCAUCUCCUGAGCACCCUGCGACCGCAAACGACGACCAGGCGGAAGAACUUGGAGACGUCGACGACUAUGACUACGGGUCGCUUUUCGGGGACAACGAGUCUUCGGCCACCGAGGAGGAUGAACACAGCUCGGUGUUCUCGGAGCAUGAGGUCCGUGAGCACCGUGACUCAAUGACCUCGCGGGAGGAUGGCAGUGAGCCGGAAGUCUCGGACGAAGAUGAAGACUCCAACGAGAGGGAGCGCAUUGCGGAGGAAGCGAAGGAGCUAGCGGAGGAGAAGAGGCUAGCGGAGGAGAAGAGACUAGCGGAGGAGAAGAGACUGGCGGAGGAGACGAGACUGGCCGAGGCAGCCAAAGCCGCGAAGGCCCAACAACAGUCCAUCGACGACGACGCGGCAUCCGACAGCUCUUCCGAAUACGAGAGCGACUCUGACAGCGACGAAGACAUGCCCGACGCCGUCGACGAGGAGGACGCCGCCCGCGCCGCUGAGCGCCAAGUCCGUCAGGAUGCCAUCACGGAGCUCGAGCGUGAGGUUGAGAGCCAGAAAGCCAGAGUCGGCAGGAUGGACAACAAGCUCUUGGUUCAGCGUGCGCAAGGACAGCUGCGCACAAUGGAGGAGGAGUUGAGGUUGAAGAAGGAGGCCUUCGAGAUGGAGAAUCCGUGA